UGUCAUGUUAAAGCAAUAAUUGCGGUAAUAGGAACAACCAAAACUUUAUAUACGGUUUAAUAGAAAAAAUCUUCAUCAUUAUUAUUAAUUUUCUUAAUCAUCCUUGAUAACAAAAAUCUUGAUCACAAUCUUCUUCUCGGAGAUGAUGACAUUUGAAUUUGAUGGAGUCGGGUAUUAUUGUACAGUCCCGACCAUGUGAACAGAAAUUGAUGGGUCCUAAUCUCAUGAGAUAAUUAAUGGCCUGCCUAAACUAAAAAGUUGGCAAGUAUUUAUUUGUUGAACAAAGUAAGCAAACAAAUUUAUUACUAAGAUACUCAUAAAAAAGAAAAAAGAAAGAAAGAAAGAAAGAAAGAAAGAAGAAGAUUAUUAGUAAGAUAUGUAUCUUCUCUGUUACGUGGGUCCAACCACAAGUCGUGGAGUAUUGACACCCUACCCUCCCUGAUAUGGUGGAUUAGCAGCAGACGUGCUUAAUUUUUGUACACACCUUUUUGUGAAUGAUAGAAUCUCACAUCUGCAAACCGAGGAAUCUUUUUUUCUCAUAUGUCAUUUCAUGGCUUCUGUUUCUGUUAGAGAAUUGAAAUCAUGAUUUUGAUGUUUUCUUGGUAGCAUUCUGCACUCACAAUUCGUAAAUUUUGAAUGAUUCGAGUGGUUGAGGUUGGACCAGCUCAGGUUGCUUUGUCCUUGUUAAGUAGGCCCUACCUUUUUUUUUUUUUCUUUUUUGGCCCAUGAAAUUUUUCAUCCUUUCGGUUAAUAUAUCUUGGGAAAUCCUAUCAGGAUUUUCUUCAUCAUCUUUUUCUUGCCUUUCAUCUUUGUUGUUUUCCUCUUCAUAUUACCUUCUUUAUAAAGGGUGUGGUAUAGGCAUCCCUGUUUGCAGAUGGUUUAUUGAGAAACUAUUGCGACAGGAGAAACACCUGAACUAAAUUUAACCCGUUUCAGGAUAACCCAAUUGGCCAAUUUAACUUCCAUGGCAGCUUCUGAUGAGUUUAUGGAACUUGUAUGGGAAAAUGGUCAGAUUCUUACGCGUGGAAGGUCUACUAGUCCGUCCUGCAUUAGUUACUCUUCUCAGAAUCCCAAACCAAAAGUUAACACCAUCGGAGAAGAUAUCUAUCCUCGAAAAAGACCAAGAUUAGGAGCUAUGAAUUCUGUGUUGGGUCUCUCAAGUCGUCAAGAAUUUGCAAAGAGUGAGCGUUUGUUACAAGAUCACCAUUCUGAAUUCAGCAAGUUUACGGAAUCAAGCAAAAAUAGUGCAAGUGAUAAAAAGAUCAUCGAACCCCGAAUUCUUCCGGUGUGUCAAGGCGAUAAUUCGACGGCAGGGAAUGCUUCUGUAGGCGAAAUUCCUCAACUUAGACAAGCAAGCAAUGAUCAGCUACAAAAUCAGUCUUCCUUGCAGCAAUGCCAAGUUUCAGCUUUUUUUAGUAGAUCAACUAUGGACGGGAGCCAAAGUCCGUCCAUGGGUGAAUUCCCCUACUCGAAUUCAAAGCAGUUCAAAUCAUCAGGACCUGUUAAAUACUUAGGGUUAAGGAACUUCUCCCUCUUCUUGCCUGGAGUGGUACCCCCCAAAGCUAAUGACCAGCACCAAAGCGCAACAUGUUCAGCAGGCGAUCCAAGUUCAUCAAGAGUUCAGGAGUUGGAAAUCAACAAGCAGAAAUCUGCUGCAGCUCUAGUUGACCCAGUAACCGGUUCAGAAAAUGCUAAAAAAUCCUAUAAAUGUCCAGAUCAAGUGGCCACUGAGCUGGAUCAAGCUCGACAUAUCACUGUUUCUGCUAAAGAGUCACUUCCUGAUGAGCAAUCGGAAGCUCCUAUCAGUAGAAAUGACUCUAAGAGUAAGCGAAUUCCUGAUCCAACCUCAAGCCUAGAAGCAAAUACGUUUAGAAGAAAACCUAAUGCAGAAAAAUAUAUAGAUCAACUGGCUGCAGCUACUUCGAUAUGUUCACGUCGAGCUUCAAACGAUCUAACUCAUUCUUCUUUAAAGAGGACAAAUGCCCAUCUAAAGGAGAUGGCAUCUCCAAGUGAAAAUGCUGAUGAGGAAGAGGAAAUACCAAAAUCAACCAGUACCAAGAAAAAACGAAUCCCACAAGUUCAUAGUCUGUCUGAAAGGAAAAGAAGGGAUAAGAUCAACAAGAAGAUGCGUGCAUUACAAGCUCUCAUACCUAAUUCCGACAAGGUGGAUAAAGCUUCAAUGCUUGAUAAGGCAAUUGAGUAUCUAAAGACCCUUCAGCUUCAACUGCAGAUGAUGUCAAUGAGAGGCAGCUGUUAUAUGCCACCAAUGAUGAUACCAACUGCAUUGCAACAAAUACAAGCACCGUAUUUAUCUCAUUUCUCCCCCAUGAUGGGUAUGAGAAUGCCUAUGAGUCCAUCGCUGUUCUCAAAUUCAGCUAUCCUUGGGCUUGCAGCAGGUCAAAUGCAACCUAUGGCGCCAAUGACAUCACAAACACCGUUCGUUCCUUUGGUUGGAGGGUCUUCUAUGCAAUCAACUUCUACAGUAACUCCUUUCUGUGGUGCGGCUGCCGCCAUGCCAGUUAAACCUAUUGGUUUAGCCGAUCCCUUUUCUAAUUUAAAAGAAGCAGUCCAAAAUAUUAACUCAGAUAUGACAGGCAACGUUGUAAACUCACAGUAUGAAGAAUCAUUUCAGGCUACAGGACGAAGUUGCCAUCAUUAAAAACUUUGCUCCAAAAACGACGAAUCUUAUCCUAUUUAUCAACAGAACUGCAAGCGGAAUCUUAUGUGAAGGAAAGACAGACUUACUGCUUCGUGUGUGCAUUACCCAACUAUCUGUAGUGCAGUUGACUGUUCUCUUCCGGGACCAACUAUGAAAUGGGUUCUGGCGCAUAUAGCUAGUGAGCUUUGGCCUGAUUCUACCAAGCAAAGCAUCUCAGGUUAUUCUGAAACCAAAAGAGAAAUUGGGCAAUCUUUUACUUGUCGACAUGAGGGUUUCUUGGCAAAGUAUCCACCUGAUCAGCUGCUUUCCAUCUGAUAUGGAAAACUAAAAAGUUUCCAAGUGCUAGUCAUAUACUUCCACCGUCCUACUUGUAACAAUAUGUGAGACACAAACUUAAGAUGCUUCAAUGAAAGUGUUUCUUGGCUUCGCAGA